CCACACCAUCCAAAGAUUCCAAAGUUCAAACAAUCACGGCGAUCAUCACUCGAAUCUCAUCUCACCUCGCGGAAUGUCAUCUUUUUUACGUUUCUUCUGCAAUAUCCUUAAACUUUCAAAGCCGCCAAACAGGUUCUCGUGAGAACCUCUCAGUAAUACCGCGCAAUCAUCAAAAACAGCAUGCCCAAACAAAAACAGUGAAGUGACUCCUAAAAAUGGCUUCUACGGCCGAUCUAGUGACCGAAUCCGUGGCGGAUUUCCGCCACAAAAACCAAAAAACCUUCAAACAACGCCUUUUGUACGUGAAGGAAGUGAUCACAGUCGAGCCGCUGAUCGCCGCUUAUGUGAUGGCGGCGAUUAUUUGCGCCCCAGCGUUGUACAACCUGGAGUUCGAAAAGGGGUGUAGAGCCGACUUGGGGUUGAACGAUAGUGUCUGCGACGCGAUUUUGAGCGGGGAAAGCCAGAAUUACACCGAGGAGAACGACAAAAUACAGAUUCUGAUUGGAAACAUGCAUUCUUGGCAGCUGCCUCUUCAGAGUGUGAUGCCACUGAUUUUGGUGCUGUUUCUAGGGUCAUACAGCGAUAGACACAAGUUACGCAAACCCUUUUUGCUGAUACCGAUUUUCGGGGAGUUCUUCGCGGUGGCUGGAUGCAUUUUGUGUGUUGUGUUUAUGAAGGAGUGGCCUCUAGCGGUACAGGGUAUAGCUCAGACAGUGGUGCCAUCUUUCUUCGGGGGACAAACGAUGGUAGUGAUGGCUGUUUUUGCGUAUAUUGCUGACGUGAGUACCCUGGAGAUGCGUACACUUAGAGUUGGGGUGGUACAAAUAGUUUUGAAUAUUUGUACGCCAGUGGGGCAAUCCGUCAGUGGAAUUUUGUUUGAUAAGAUUGGCUACUAUGGCGUUCUGUCAAUCGCCGCAGGGUGUUACUUGUUUGCUGUGGUAUAUGGCAUUUUCUGUAUCAAAGAACCGAAGAAACCUGACGUCGUUUUGAAGAAGUCGUUCCUUGUGGAUGCGUUCGACCCCAAACAUGCAAUCGACACUUUUGGGUUACUUUUCAAGACGGGUGGUGGCAAUAAUCGACUGGAUCUAGUGGCUGUGUUGGUUAUCUUGUUUGUUUAUAGUACGGUGGUUACAGGUGAGGGGGUCGUUUUCUACUUAUACGUUCAAAAAUUCUUCGCGUGGACGCCACUGGAGUACAGUUAUUUCAUAACUAUUAACACUGUCAUCCAUUUAGUAGGAACAUUUAUCGGGGUUCCUCUAUUCACGAAGUUUCUAGAAAUGGGGGACUUGAUGAUUCUGGUGGCUACGUUCGUCGAUAAGAUUCUCUCUAAUAUUGUUUUCGGUUUGGCGCAAACCGUCAGCAUGUUAUACGUUGCUUCUGCUGUUAGUAUUAUUACUGGUAUUUCCCCGAUUGCUAUCAGGUCGUUGGCUACCAAAAUCGUCUCUCCUGAUGACUUAGGCAAGGCUCAGUCUUUGUUUGGAAUUUGCGAAGCUAUAGGUCCUGCAGUUGCCGCUCCUUUGUAUAAUGAACUCUACUUGAAAACUUAUAAUACGUUACCGGCAGCUUAUUUUUAUUUUGGGGCAAUUGUAUACGCCCUGUGUGUGUUUGCGGUCAUAUGGAUGUACUUCGUGAACAAAAUGAAGCAAAAUAAAGUGCAAACGGAAACGCCAAAUGUUAUGAAUGGAAAAUCUGACGAAGUGCAGAUGACACAUAUAUAAAUAUUAAUUAUUAUUGAUAUUAAUAAUUAACUGUACAUUAAAUUGUUCUGUUAUUACUAAUAAAAUGUUACUUUUUA